CCUUGCGAUCGAGCGAUAUUGUUUCAGGAACGAUUCGUUAUUUUCAUCGCUUAAUAACAUGUCGGGGCGUGGAAAAGGCGGUAAAGUUAAGAGCGGCAAAGUUAAGUCGCGUUCUAACAGAGCGGGACUGCAGUUCCCAGUCGGUCGCAUUCAUCGCCUUUUGCGAAAGGGAAAUUAUGCAGAACGUGUCGGUGCCGGCGCGCCGGUUUAUUUGGCAGCCGUGAUGGAGUACCUGGCCGCUGAGGUUUUGGAAUUGGCUGGUAACGCUGCUCGCGAUAAUAAGAAAACGAGAAUCAUACCGCGCCAUUUGCAACUAGCUAUACGUAAUGACGAGGAACUGAACAAAUUACUUUCUGGAGUGACAAUAGCACAAGGUGGCGUGCUGCCCAACAUUCAAGCGGUACUAUUACCAAAGAAAACUGAGAAGAAGGCUUAGUCUGCCUUUUUAAUCAACAUUGUAAACGGCCCUUUUCAGGGCCACUAAUAAAUCUUUACUGAUGGAAUGAUGAUCUCGAUAAUUCGUAAAACAUACAUAAAUCUAUAUUUUGAGAGU